AUGGGUUUCUCUAAGAACCAGACCGCCACCCCAAACCUCCGAUACAUCCCCCUUUCUUACAGCCCCGCAGACUCCCAGGCAUCUGCUCUUCGAUUGAUUCUGACCUUGAACCCUGACUGGGAGGGUCCCGAGAACAAGAUCGAGUUCGUACGCUUCACGGAAGGCAUCACCAACACUCUUCUGAAAAUUAUCAAUCGCAAGUCAGGCUUGACAGAUGAGCAGAUAGACCAGGGUGCAAUCUUGAUGCGCGCAUAUGGAAAUGGCACCGAGAUCCUCAUAGACAGAGAAAGAGAGACUACGUCCCAUGCCCUUCUCGCGAGCUGCGGCCUCGCUCCCCCUCUCCUUGCGCGUUUCAAGAAUGGCCUUCUCUACCGUUUCAUCCGUGGAAAGCCCUGUGGCCAUGAAGACUUGACUACCCCUCCUAUCUACCGCGGGGUUGCCCGGCGACUUGGUCAGUGGCAUGCGGUCCUCCCAAGCAACGCGCCCAGCGCUGCGCCGGCCGAGAACUCGAGCAUCUCUGAUAUUGAGGAACGCCAGGAGGACUUGGAAGUGAUCCAACUGCGUCGCGCGGGGCCCUCUAUGUGGGCUGUCCUCCAGAAAUGGGUUCUUGCUCUGCCGGUGGCCACACCCGAGCAGCGGGCCCGCCGAUUAGGCCUACAAAAGGAACUCCAGUGGGUGGUGGAGAAACUUGAUGAUGGAAAUGGCAUUGGCGAAAAUGGGCUUGUGUUCUCACACUGCGAUCUGCUUUGCGCCAAUGUGAUUGUCCUACCCACCGACGACAACUCUACAUCGUCUGAUGACAUUGCACCUGUUAAUUUCAUCGAUUAUGAAUAUGCAGUUCCAGCCCCAGCAGCCUUCGACAUUGCGAAUCACUUGGCUGAGUGGAUCGGCUACGACUGCGAUUAUAACAUGAUCCCCACACAAUCAGUGCGCCGCCAAUUCCUGACGGAGUACACCAAGAGUUACAUUCAGCACCGUGGACUGGACGCUUCAUCUGAGGAGGAGAUCGUCGCUAGGUUAUCCAGCGACGUGGAUCGAUUCCGUGGUAUCCCUGGUCUGUACUGGGGCGUCUGGGCACUCAUCCAAGCCCAGAUCUCACAAAUCGACUUCGACUAUGCCAGCUAUGCCGAGCUUCGCCUUUGCGAAUACUGGGCCUGGAAGCGCGAAAUCGAAGGCACCCGCCAAUCUAGCGGUGAGGACAUGCCUCUCCGCGAACAGCGCUGGGCGCAGGAGGCGUGA